CAACAACAACAAAAGCCAGGAAAGCCCAAGCCACUCCCUUUGUUUCAUGUCUGGAAGUUGGGAAUCGCACAAGCUCUGGAAACAAGAGCUGACAGUCGAAAUUUUUAAUUAAGUUUUAAACUGCUGAGGUAAAAGGAGACAAGAUUUUGAAUGCAAAAGGUUUUAAAGAGUUGCAGUUUCACUGGCAGUCUAACUACAGAAGUAAACUUUUGACUGUAGUCUCUCUCCUGUUGACUUCCUCUGCUGCCUUGAGCAAGAUUAUGUGGAUUCAGCAAAAGACUUGAGCGAUUUCUGAAUAUAGGUGUAUCUACCUGUUUGUGUUAGGCCCUUCAUCCUAAUCCUGGAGAAAAGACAGUGAGAACAGCUGAGAACAUGAUUCGAAUUGCAGCAUUGAAUGCGAGCUCCACAAUUGAGGACGACUACGAAGGUACCUUUAAAAGUCAUAAGACACAGACAAAGGAAGCCCAAGAAGCAGAAGCAUUUGCUUUGUACCACAAAGCUUUGGACCUUCAGAAGCAUGACCGAUUUGAAGAGUCUGCAAAAGCUUAUCAUGAGCUGCUUGAGAUUCGUCUUCUGCGAGAGGCAGUUCUUUCUGGUGAUGAGAAAGAAGGACUGAAACAUCCAGGCUUGAUGUUAAAAUAUUCCACCUAUAAAAACCUAGCACAGCUGGCAGCACAACGGGAUGACUUAGAGACAGCCAUGGAGUUUUAUUUGGAGGCUGUGAUGCUAGACUCUACUGAUGUCAACCUAUGGUAUAAAAUUGGCCGUGUGGCAAUCAAACUCAUCCGCCUGCCUUUGGCUCGUCAUGCUUUUGAAGAAGGUCUCAGGUGUAAUCCUGAUCACUGGCCUUGUUUGGAUAAUCUUAUCACAAUCUUGUACACACUCAGUGACUACACAACAUGUUUGUACUUUAUCUGCAAAGCUCUGGAGAAAGACUGUCUAUAUAGUAAAGGAUUGGUUCUGAAGGAGAAGAUCUUUGAGGAGCAGCCUUGCCUCCGGAAAGAUUCCUUAAGGAUGUUCCUUAAAUGUGACAUGUCUAUCCAUAACGUAAAUGUGAGUGCAGCUGAAACAGGAAGAAUCAUAGAUGAAGCACUGGAACUACGUAAGAAAAGACAAGCUUUGCUAGUGCGUGACAGAGAACCAGACCUCAGACUGGUCCAGCCAAUUCCCUUUUUCACGUGGAAGUGUUUAGGAGAAGCUUUACUUGCCAUGUAUCACCACCUCACAACGUGUGACCCUCCUCGACCCAGUCUGGGAAAGAGAAUUGAUCUCUCAGAAUACCGAGAUCCAGUUCAACAUUUGAUGCUUUCUCCUACCUCUACUCCUGUCAGUGUUAUUCAGCCAACUCCUGUCAGCACUAAUCCAGUGGUGACAGUGCCAGAUCCUGUAUUACCUUAUACACCAACAACACCCAACUUUCCAAGUCACAGUCAGAGUUCACUGGAACCAGGAACUACUGUAGGUGAGCAAGGUGACAUAUCUGCAGGUGAUAAAUCUAAGAAAGGUGUGAAGCGAAGGAGAAUUACAGAAGAUAGUGGUGAAACAGCAAAGAGGAGAUCUGCUAGAGUCCGGAACACCAAGUGUAAAAAAGAGGAGAAGGUUGACUUUCAAGAGCUGUUGGUGAAAUUCCUCCCUUCCAGAUUAAGGAAGUUAGAUCCAGAGGAGGAGGAAGACACUUUCAAUAACUAUGAGGUGCAGUCAGAGAUCAGAGAAGAGAAUUUCCAGCAUGUUGGACCACAUAGAAUGUCAUUCGAUUCUACAACAUUUAUGGAAUCUGAAAAACAGGAUGUUCAUGAAUUCCUUCUGGAUAACCUGAACAAUGGUGGGAUCUUGGAGCUAAUGAUGAGAUAUCUGAAAGUCAUCAGCCAGAAGUUUCUAGUGAAGUGGCCUCCUGGCUUAUGUGAGGUGGUCCUUAGUAUCUAUAAUAGCUGGAGAAAGCAUAGUAGUAGUCUUCCUAAUCCAUUACUGAGGGACUCAAGUAAUCAGCAUAUCAAGGAUAUGAUGUUGAUGAGCCUUUCUUGCAUGGAACUGCAAUUAGAUCAGUGGCUGCUAGCAAAGGGGAAGAGCUCUACAGUUUCUCCACGAAAUUGCCCUGCUGCCUCUGUGAAUGGAAAGUUUGGCCCUGACUUCCCAGGAACUCAUUUCUUGGGAGACCUGUUGCAGCUGUCAUUCGCAUCCUCACAGAAGGAUUUAUUUGAGGAAGGCUGGAUGGAAUUUGUCACUCGGGUGUACUGGCUGAAAGCUCGCUUUCUAGCACUGCAGGGAGACAUGGAACAGGCACUUGAAAACUAUGAUAUCUGCACUGAAAUGCUACAGAGCUCCACUACAAUGCAAGCUACAGCUGGCAAUGAAUGCGGCAUCGUAAUACGGUUACCUAAUCUACAUGUUGAUUCUGUUGUUUCUUUAGAAGAGAUUGAAAAGAACCUAAAAUCUUUGGAGAGAUGCCAGUCUUUGGAAGAGAUCCAGCGACUGUAUGAGGCAGGGGAUUAUAAUGCAGUGGUACAUCUGCUUCGUCCAACAUUAUGCUUUAAUGGUUAUGGCAGAGCAAAACAUCUGGAAUUUGUAACAUCCAUACCAGAGAGACCAGCACAGCUGCUUCUCCUACAGGAGUCCCUGCUCAAACUGAAAGAUUACAAGCAAUGCUUUGAAUGCUCAGAAGUUGCCUUGAAUGAAGCAAUUCAGCAGAUGAUUAAUAUGACAGCAGCCUCUGCUAAAGAAGAGUGGGUUGCUACGGUAACACAGCUGCUCACAGGAAUAGAUACUUCAUUAUCAUCAGUCAACAGCAUCCUGAAAGACUCUUCUGUAACACCAAGCCUUGUUCGAUUAACAACCAACCUGAUUCAGAUCAUAGACUGCAGCAUGGCAGUCCAGGAAGAGCCGAAAGAACCAUACGUCUCCUCAGUGCUUCCAUGGAUAAUCCUGCACAGAAUCAUCCAGCAUGAGGAAGAUGCUUUUCAAUCCCUUUGCUGCCAGAAGCAGCAGAACCAGGGAGAAGAAGUGAGUCCUGAUACCCCUAUGUUGCCUUCUUCACUGAUGCUGCUGAACACUGCUCAUGAGUAUUUGGGAAGAAGAUCCUGGUGUUGCAAUUCAGAUGGUGCUCUUCUCAAGUUCUAUGUCCAGGUACUGCAAAAAGAACUUGCAGCAUCCACUUCUGAAGAUACUCAUCCAUACAAAGAAGAGCUGGAAACAGCCCUGGAACAGUGUUUUUAUUGUUUAUAUGGUUUCCCUAGCAAAAAAAGCAAAGCAAGGUACCUAGAAGAACAUUCAGUACAGCAGGUUGAUCUAACAUGGGAAGAUGCUUUGUUCAUGUUUGAAUAUUUUAAGCCUAAAACUCUUCCGGAAUUUGAUAGUUAUAAAACCAGUACUGUGUCUGCUGAUUUGGCCAACCUUUUGAAGAAGACUGCUACGAUUGUUCCACGAACAGACAAGCCUAUGCUGAGCCUAGAUACUGUAUCUGCCUAUAUUGAAGGAACCUGCAGCAAGGCACCAUCUCUCCCGGAUGGUGCAGACUAUUCUCCACCAGUGGUGACUGAGUUGUACUAUCUUCUGGCAGACUAUCAUUUCAAGAAUAAAGAACAGUCUAAGGCCAUUAAAUUUUACAUGCACGACAUUUGUAUUUGUCCAAACAGGUUUGAUUCGUGGGCUGGCAUGGCUCUGGCUCGAGCAAGUCGUAUUCAGGACAAGUUGAACUCUAAUGAAUUGAAAAGCGAUGGCCCAAUCUGGAAGCACUCUACUCCUGUCUUGAAUUGCUUUAAGAGAGCCCUGGAGAUUGACAGCUCUAAUCUCUCCUUGUGGAUAGAAUACGGCACCAUUUCCUAUGCCCUACAUUCUUUUGCAUCUCGACAGCUUAAGCAGUGGAAAUCAGAACUCCCCCCUGAAGUUGUGCAGCAGAUGGAAGAGCGUCGGGACAGUAUGUUGGAGACAGCCAAGCUGUGUUUUACGUCAGCAUCUCGCUGUGAGGGAGAUGGUGAUGAAGAGGAGUGGCUUAUUCACUACAUGCUGGGAAAGAUUGCAGAGAAGCAGAAACAGCCUCCUGUUGUCUACCUGCUGCAUUACAAACAGGCGGGCCAUUACUUGCAUGAGGAGGCUGCCCGAUAUCCAAAGAAAAUUCACUACCAUAAUCCACCAGAACUUGCCAUGGAAGCGUUGGAGGUAUACUUUCGACUUCAUGCUUCUAUUUUGAAACUUGUGGGGAAACCAGACUCUGGAGUAGAUGCAGAGAUACUAGUUAGUUUCAUGAAAGAAGCUUCUGAGGGACCAUUUGCCAGGGGUGAGGAGAAGAACACCCCAAAAGUUGCAGAAAAGGAGAAAACUUGCAUGAUUGAUGAAGACUCUCACUCUUCAGCCGGAACAGUGCCAGGCCCUGGGACUUCCCUCCCCUCCUCCUGCGGUCCAGGUCUGACAUCCCCACCUUACACAGCCACUCCAGUUGACCACGAUUACGUCAAAUGUAAAAAACCCCGUCAGCAGGCAACGCCGGACGAGAGGAGUCAGGAUAGCACUGCAGCAGUGCUGUCUGACUCCAGUUCCACACAGGAUAUGUUUAAUGAGCCUGCCAGUUCUCAAGACAGCCUUAGGAAGACUUACACAGAGAAGAGGAUUUCUACUACCUGUGCUGAUGCCAUUAUGCCCAGCAAAGAGACCCUGGGAUCUACAGAGGAAAAGAUUGCAGGAAAGUCAGAAGAGCUGCUGGAGAGCUCAGAAUCUUACCACCCUGCUGAGCCUACUGGCCAAAAGAUUCUUGUGGAGUCUCAGACUGCUGCUGGCAAUCCCAUCAAAACUACAAUCCCCCCACCCUCGCAGUGGGACUGCAAAAAGAAAGCUGAACCUUGUGGAGAUACAUCUGAAUUUCCUCAUGGUCUUCCAGCAGACCUCGAGGAACAGCGGAAGUUCCUGACAGAGCAGUGUAUUGCCUCCUUCUGUCUGUGCCUCAGCCGCUUUCCCCAGCACUACAAGAGCCUCUACAGACUGGCAUAUCUGUACACAUACAGCAAAACACACAAGAACCUGCAGUGGGCCCGUGACGUGCUGCUGGGCAGCGGGGUCCCCUGGCAGCAGCUGAAGCACAUGCCUGCACAGGGCCUCUUCUGCGAGAGGAACAAGACGAAUUUCUUCAAUGGAAUCUGGCGCAUCCCCGUGGAUGAGAUCGACCGCCCGGGCAGUUUUGCAUCUCAUAUGAACCGCUCUAUUGUCUUACUGCUAAAUGUACUGUCACAACUAAAGGAUUACAACACCUUGCUGAAAGUCUCAUCUAUGCUGCAGAGGACCCCUGAUCAGGGAAAGAAGUACCUGCGUGAUGCAGAUCGCCAAGUUCUGGCCCAACAAGCCUUUGUGCUUACAGUGAAAGUGUUGGAGGACACUCUCAACGAUCUGACACAGGUUUCAGAAGAUCAGAGUUCCAAGUCUUCAAACCUUGCUUCAGGAAGGAUGACAACAGACGUCUCUAAUAAAACUAGUGCUGAAGAGGGGAAAGAGGUUCUUCCCAAAAAGCCGGUUUUAUCGGAUGGAGUAGCACAUAGUACUGAAAAUGGAGUAAAGGAGGUGACACAGGGACAAAUUCCCAAUGCUAUGGACAUAUUGGAACAAGAGGACAAGAAUGACAAGGAAAUUAAAGAGCUCCCUGGCCCUGGUUCAGUUGAGCCUAUGGAUCUUGAUGGAUAUUCCAAGGACCCUGAAAAAUUUGAUUCUUCAUGUAAACGCAGUGAGCCAGAACGUCUUCAGUCUGGCAGGAACUCCAAGGAGAGAGCUCCAGAGAGCCGGACUCCAGAACUUUCUUUGGAAGAGCUAAGUAUCAGCUCAAAACAUCAGCAGCAGGCAGCUAAAGGAAUAGUUCAGCCAGUACCUACAGAAGAACCUGUGCAGAGAUCAAGCAGGAAAAGGAAAUUACUUGAGGAUGUGGAGUCUGGAAAAACACUUCUGCUUGAUGCUUAUAGAGUAUGGCAGCAAGGUCAGAAAGUUAUGGCCUAUGACCUGGGUAAAAUUGAGAAGAUCAUGUCUGAAACGUACAUGCUGAUUAAACAGGUGGAUGAAGAAGCAGCACUUGAACAGGCAGUUAAGUUUUGCCAGGUGCAUAUGGGAGCAUCAGCACAGAAACAGUCCACAGGAGAAGCACCCACGACCCCAAAGCAUACAAAGGACAACAGAGAGAGCUUCUUCCCAGUAACAGCAACCACACUGCAUCCUACCCCAGUGAAUCCAGACACUGUUACUCCUGAAAAUCUUCUGAGACUGAAUGAUCUGCAUUCCAAAUCCAAACCAGCCUCUUCCUCUUCUUCCUCCUCCUCCUCAGCAUCUUCAGUACCUCCAUCCCAGGAGUCACACAGGGACACUGAGCAUUCGCGGAGUCAAAAUGCAGAGACUGCUCCCAGCACGAGUGAUCUCGCACGUGAGGAAGAAGAGCUUGAAGUGCCUUUGGAGGGGCUUGGAUUUCAGCAGCAGGAGUCACGGCUUUGUCAGCAGAUGAAAAUGGCAACUGUUGCACCCUCGCCAGAGCCUGUUUGCUGGCAAGUGGAAUCAGUGACCAGCACAAAUUCGGGACAUGUUUGUACCCAAGCCUCAAGUUCCAAGCCUGAACUCAGCUCCAGUUCACAGACUUUGGGAAGUCAGCAGAACAAGACAGAUGGCACCCGAGUAAAAACUCGCAUUCUGCCCAACAUGCCAAAGCUUUUCAUACCUUCAUCUGUCACCAAGUUUCCACCUGAGAUCACUGUCACUCCACCCACUCCCACCCUCCUUUCUCCAAAGGGCAGCAUUUCAGAAGAGACCAAGCAAAAAUUAAAGUCUGCUAUUUUGUCUGCUCAGUCUGCAGCGAAUGUAAAGAAGGAGAGCCUUUGUCAGCCAGCUUUGGAAAUCUUAGAGACCUCAAGCCAGGAGUCCUCACUGGAAAGUGAUACUGAUGAAGAUGAUGACUACAUGGACAUAUGAAUGAAUUCUGGCCAUCAUCAACACCAGCCAUAUAACCAUUCUUCUUGUUGCCAGCAUCUCUGGCAGUUGAAACAUCUUUGUUGGCAUUACUCUCCAUUUAAUUGGCAUCACUGUAUUCUUCACUUUCAUUACCUUUUUUAUUACCACUACCACUUGUAUUGCCUUCAAAAUCUUCACCAUUCUCCUCAUCAUGGUGCUUGAUGGAAAGAACAAUUGUUUACCAGGCAGUUAAUUCAUUUGGACCACGCUCUCACCUCUACGUUCAGUAACACAAGGGUGUUUUGUGCUGCAAUUCACAUCUCUCUGGUGUUCCUACAUCUUCAAGCCAGAGCCUUGCAAGUCACUCCAGUAGCUCUUUUUUAUAGCAUUUUCUUCCAUUUAGUUGUCUGUUCACAUUUUCCCCACUAGUUAAGUUUUUCUCCCAGAAAUUCAGCAACCUGUUUUCUGUCUAGCCAUGCCAUGAUUAGUCCAACAGCUCUCUUUAAGGUGAAUGGAGGAGGAAAAAUUUGCUGAGCUGGUAGAGGUUUUAAUUGCAUCAAGAAAGUCUAUGGCUUUGUUGUGAGGCCAGAAAGGUGAGCUGAGAGUCUGUCAGCACCUUUGCACUGUUGGGUGCUUUGUUGGAAUUUGACUGUGUCAGUAGGCAAAGAACCAUCUUUUCCAGGCAGACAGAGAGGUUGGCCUCCUGUUUGUACUCAUUUCACACCAAUGUAUGAGGUCCAGCAAAAAUUAUCUACCUGAGUGUUGGCUUAAAGAACUGAUCUUUCCAGAAUUGUCUUACAGUCCUUUCUCUUCUAAUGCCUUGGACAAGCAUUUUGAAUUGGGGGUAUAUGAUAUUUUUAUGGAGGUAUUGAAAAAACUUGAAAGCUUUCAAUACCAUUUCAGUAAUGUCUGUUUUUUACAGAAUGACACGAAAAGGUGUUUUUUAUCUAUCUGCAGAGGGACUGCUCACAGUUAUUUAUAUGAGAAAAUAAUGGUAACAAAGAUCCUUGGGUUUUUUUUUUCUACUGAAUGUUAACUUUGUAAAAUAAUGACUGCAAACCAUGCAAAAAAAGAAGUCACACACUAUAUAUACCCAGGCGUGCGCCCACACACAUAUAUAUAUGUGUAUGUACAUAUAUGUAUGUAUAUGAAAAAACAAAAUGCAUACAGCUUGCAAUGUCAGAUUUCUUUGUGUUUGGGGGAGGUGGUUUUCUGUAAAAUGCAGAGCUUUGUAUAAACUUUUGGUUUUUUCUAAUAAAGUUGAAAUGUACUGUUGUCUUUGUUCCUCUGAGAGGGCAAGGUACCAUGGUGCUGGAAAAAGUACUACUCCUCCCUUCCUUUUGUUUCUUGGAUAAGAAAGUAGUGGAGGAAGGAGGUGAGGGCAGUAGAAGCCUCUUUGUUUUCUGAAGACUGCCAGCGCUCUUCAGAUGGGUUUGAUCUUGUGUGACCCAGAACCCAGGUCAGGCAGUGCUGUCAAGAUUGCCUGCCAUGGGUUCACUUCCCCGGUGAGACAUGGACUGAGUUCUUUUUCACCUAUCUGAGUAUCUUUGAAUGCUAAUGAACAAUAUAAGGGUGAAGACAACAUGUGGUGAAUGAGAUCACAUAAAGUAUUUGGCUGUACAAAUUAGCAUUUAAUCCACUAUUACAGUGAUCACUCUCAUUCACUGUAAGAAUGGUAAAUGGACCAUGGAUAAAAAGAAGCUUUGUAUUGCAAGUUUAUUCUCAUAGUCUGGGUUGUUUAUUCUGAACAAAAUGUAAUUUAUAAGCAAGUGAGCAUGUCCAUAUGUCCAUCUUGGGCGUAUUAGCAACUGUUCCUGUAACUUGUGAUAGGUGAGCUGAAUGCAACUGAUGUGGAAAAGAUCAGGUAACUGAAUGGUAAAAGAAGUGGGUAUUUUCAAUAGUAAUAUGUUUUCAGUGUUACUCUUUAAUUUGGUGUAAGUUAUUAUAGAUGCACUGUAUAGCAUACUGUCUAUUCAUUGUGUGGUAAUAGGCUAAGGUAGCUGUAGAUAAUCAUCGUCUUUAUUUUUUUAGAAGAUAGCACACGAAAAAAGCAAUUGGCUUCUUACUGAGAAAUGGAACACAGCUCAGAGGAUGUAGUUCUCAAUAGGGCUUUUUCACCCAAGUAGAACAGAGUACAUACGCUUUUUGGCUAAUGUAUAUUCUUAAAUGUAUGGCUGACUUUAACAUCUCAUUUAAAUUCUCAGGUCUGUACUUCUGGCAUGGUCUGAUGUAUGGAGACAAAGCAUUUGAUUUUCUUAAUUGAGUCUGGUCACUGAAAAUGGUUGUUUCCUUUAUUGUUCUUAAAGAUUCCUUGGCAUUAAGCAUUUUGCCUUUUCUUUUUUUUUUCUUUUUUUUUUUUAAUCCAGAACUUACUAAAAUGCCUGAUCUUGAGCUUUCUUUCUUCUGGUCCUGCUUUUUGUGAAUUUUUUGCCGGUUAAGGAGCAAAAACAGUAAGUGAAACUGUUCCUGUCAGUAAAGAAAGCUAAGCUUUGCUGAUCUGUGCUAAACUCAUUUUAACCUUCUAACUGUGCAACUUGUUUUAUCCUAUAUUCAAAACUCUUUACUUUUUUUCCUUUUUUAAUCUAUGAUCUUUUAUUCCCAUUAUGCUCUUGGGUAGCUCAAGGGUUUUUUCUCAAGCUCAAGAAGUUACUGAGACCAAAUUACACAGGCCACCUCCUUCAAAUCUUGCCCUUCUGCUAACGACUAAAUAGUGUGUUGCUCAGCUGUGGGCCAUCUUCUACAAUGGCUAAAGGAGCUAUUCUUUGUAUAAUAUAUUCUUCUGUGAAACCAAAUCUCUGUAAGUACAGUUUAUGUGGUUCUUCAGUUCAAGAAGCCAUAUUCGGGAGUGAAGAUGCUGAGAUCACCGGAUGCGUCGACAUAAAAUGUUUGUCUGAGGCACCAUCUCUAAAGGUACUUGGAGCAAGAACUUCGAAUCCUUACAAACAGAAGUAUGCAUUAAUAUGUCAUCUUCUGAAGCCUGGCAAUAUAAUUUUGUGGAAUUUUCAAGGGAAAAAAAAGCAUUGUGGUAAAACUGCAGUUAGCUAUGUGUUUACUUAAAGUAAUUUCCUUGAUUUCAAUCUAAUCCUAGUUGUAAUACUUGAAAUCCAAGUAUAGGCAAGGUCCAGCUUCACCACCAUAUCAAACAAAAUGUAACAUCUCUCUUCAGAAUUUACAGGGUAACCAUUGCUUUUGAAAUCUCGAUGUUAGCAGGUUUCUUGCUCGUGUGCCAGACAAAUAAAUGGCAGCUGCUGGAGUGUACUGCUUUUGUAUUUGCUCAGUUUUACCCUGUGAAGCUGUAGGGACAGGAACGUAAGGUCUGUGCCCGAGUGGGGUGAGAAGGAGGCUUUUACUUUCCCCCCAUUUCCGCCUCUUUUUUCCCUUCUGUAAUUGACUAAAAAGCAAAUCCUUUUUGGCUGCUGAAAAGCCAAACUGUUAGAACUUCCAGGCAAAUAGCAAAAAAGGUUUUGUUCCAGAGCAAAGGAAAACAAAAUUAUUUUGAAUUGGAUGUUGAGAGUAAUUUGUGGAUAGUUCAUAGACUUUCUGUGCCGUUACUGGGCAUUGUUUUUACACGUGAGAUAUCUUUCACCGAUCACCAUUGUUAAGGUAUGUGGUACUGGGAUUAGGCUGUGUUUAACGCAGUUGCAUUUCCUGGCACAAGUUUUAUAUAAUUUAUGUAUAGUGAAGACCAUCAAGAUUUUAUGUCUCUAAGGUAAGCACUAAUGUUUUACUAAGAAUAAAUUUUGUUGGGCUCAGCUGUCAUUGGUGGCUUCUGCCCGCUGUCUGAAAAAUGCUGUUUGUUUCAUUUCACAACCAAAACAUCAAACCAAGGAAGAAACCAAGUAUCUUCCUCAAUUUUAUUUUGUGCUAUAGUUUGUCAGUUGUUGUCUCUUGGUUGUUUGGGGUUUUUUGUUUUGGUUUGGUUUUUUUUUUUUUUUAAUUAGAAUUAGGUUUCCUCAUGAAUAAUGACAUCAAUGUCUUUUGCAGCCAAAAUAAAUAGCAUAUGGUCAGGGAGCAAGGGACCAGGAAAAGAUGAGGAAGGUGUGGCAGCCGAAGCAGAUUAGGACACAAAACGAACUGAGUGGAAACAGAGGGGCCAGGUGAGAAUAGACUAAGUGUUACUGUCAAGGGUAGGGUCACACCAUUGUUAAAUUCAACACUCUGGUUUUGGUAGUGGUGAUAUUCCAAGUAAAGUGAAAAAAUCCAUGGUGUACGUAGCUUGUGUGCACAGUGUUAUCUACCAAGCAGAGACCAUUCCUGUUCUGCAGAUGCUUGUCAUAUUUUUUGAGGAAAAAAGGUGGCAGGGUAAAUUAGUUGAGAUGCUUAGAAGAAAAGGCAGCAGGCAUAGAUUUUGUCAUUUCUUACUUAGUCAUGCAAAGCUGGGAUGAAGAAGCUUUGUUCUUGAAGGUGAAGAUGAUGGCAAGAACUUCAGUGUAGGUGUUGCGUGUUAAUUGCUGUCUUUCGCUUUCUUCUAGCUGAUGACUAGGAAUCCACUAAUGUUAAGCUUUGAAGCAUGUGUCAGGAUUUGGGGAGUAACCUUGGGGUACUGUAUAUAGCACAGGCUGUACGAGCCCAAGUUACACCUUUGUGAGAACUCCCUGUGGGACUCUGAGCUGUUGUUGCAGAGCACAGUGCAACAGGUAGCAUUGCGAUGGGUGACAGACCAGCAUGUGAGGUCUGUUGGCAUCUGGAGGACAACUUCCCUUCACUUGAAUGGCUCUUUCGUAUUAAGACUUAGCGAGUCCAGGUAAGUCUCACCAGAUGUUUAAUGACACGUCUCCUUGAAUAGACAUCUUUUGUUCUGCUGCUGUUCAUCUAAUGCAUGACACUCCAUCAGCAAGCACUUGUUAGCCACUCCAGAGCCCCUGUUCCACACUCUUCAAAGCUGUCUUAGCUGCACUGAGGUUGGUGAGCUCUUUGUUCACAUCAUGUCAGUAUCUUGCUGCCCGUGGAUUUCUUUUGGCCACAGCUGACCCUUAAAAAAGACUUGGGGCCUUAGAGACUAUAUAUGGAACAUGCAUGUUUGUUUGAUUUCCCCCUCACUACCCACAGGCCACCUCUACCAAGCACAUGGAGGUCAAUCCCUGCGGAGGUUCUGAUGCAGGCUUGGGUUGUGACCUUGCAAUGCUCACAUGCAACAGCACAGUAGCUAUGGAUGUCAAGGAGCUUUUCUGUAUAUUAUCUCAAAAACACCUUCCAUCCUGUGGAUGGAUUUAUCCCUAAUAAAAUGACAUUUAUGAAUAAGAAGGCAGCAUGUGGUGGGUCUGGCUAGAGUGCAAUCUCAAGGCUGUGAUCACAUCUCGAUGUAGCCGUAUGUUCAAAGUUCAUCUUGUCAGUUUGGGAGCUACAUUGUCUGCUCUGGUAGCACUAGAUGGGGCCCUAGGACAGAGAAGAAAAAGGCAAAAUAAAAAAGCCGGGGGGAGGAAGGGUUAAAAACAACCCCCACCCCAAACCCUAAGAUGGAUGACCGGGACUUGUCUUUAAAGUUCGGAAAUACUAAAUUACAUUGCUAGUUUUGACCACAUUUACUUUUAAGGGCCUUCUGCUACGGUACCAUAUGUCCUUUUCGUAAUGUAUAGUCUGGUUCAAAGCAGAGGGAAUGAGAAUCCUCGUAGUCUGUUUACAAGAUUCUUUCCCAUGUUCCUGGCCAUAGCAAAAAAAAAAAACCCCAAAACCUAACCGUUUCCAUCCUACAGCUUAGCAGGAAAACACAUCCACUAUAUAAUAGCUUUUCACGUGAAAUCUGUUGCCCCCAUAAUGGUGUUUUUCCUUUAAUUUUUUUUUUAUUCCCCUAUAAAAAGCCUCCUGGGUGUUUUCCAUUUUCUCAAUAUGCAGCAAAUUAUAAUGGGGGAGAGAAAGAGUAUCUUUUGGCAGUUAAUCUUGUGUAAAAGGACGCAAAUAAUGUUUCCAGCUUUGUCAGUGUAAAUCCUGAUUAAUUCAAUCCUAGUUCAUCACAGUGGCAUGGGGUUUGUACGAGUGUUACUGGGCCCAAGAAUAGUGACAAAAAUGUAACCCAGGGAUCUGUGAACUGUUUUGAGAUAGUUCUGUUAAAGUAAAAUUCUAAUUACGGACAAAAAUGUAUAUGAAAAUGAUGGAAGAAAUGUAUAGCUUUCAAGCUUGGAAAAAACCUUGUGUACACUCUCUGUUAUCUAAAGUACCCAGGAGGAAGGAUCAACUGCUGUAGUCAUCUGGCAGAAAUGCACAUGAAAUGGGAUGGGGAGAUGGAGCUGAGGCCGCAAACUGACUGCAGAAUCAGAAAAACAAAGUAAUUUCCAUCAAGGGCAAAAGUAAAAUCACACUUUUGUCUGCAUUUAAGAUUUAUCUGCACAGUUAAACGAUCAUGUACAUAGCUCGGUACAAAAGCAUUAAAUUCUCUAAUCCCAGUGGGAGGAACACUUUGCAAAGUCUCUCUAAGUAUGUUGUCUUAUUAAAGGAAACUGCGUAUCUAAAACCAAGCCACAUAUGUGGUAAAAAGUAGGUUUUGCCCUCAGAUUAGACUUGGAUAUCUGCCUCUCAAUUUUUCUCAGCCUAUUUUUUUUUCUCCCUUCUCUUUCAGAGACCCUGCAAACAACAGUGAAUUCCAGUAUAAAUGGAAUAUAAACAAAGUUCAUAUAUGGUAUAAGCAUAUGAAAACCGCAGGGGAAUGGUAUUCAUAUGAUUUUAGUUAGAGUGAUGUUAUUCUAACUAUGAGUGAAAGGCCAUGUAAUAGACAAAGGACAAAGGUAUUUUAGACUUAGUGCUUCCUGUGUUAAUGCUUAAUUGUUCUGUAUAACUACAGUUAGCUCAAGAACCUGUCCUACUCAUUCACAUUCUCUUACUCUCUGAGGUAUUUGGCAAAUAAAGAGGGGUGUUGACAAGAAAUAAUAAGCAACUGAGUUUUAUUUGCAAAUAUGCAUUGCAUGAACUAUUAUCUAAUACAGCACUGAACACAUACUGUUCAGUAAUAAUUAGAAAAGGAUGUGGUAUGAG